AGAUCUUGGGAAAAAAUGGAAAAAAAAGCAACAAGCAAUGAGACUGAGCUGCUGACUUCCAAGAAAGAUGUCUCAGACUGUAAUGAAGGAGAAGAUUGUAAAGAGAAUGGACUUCUGGUCAGGAACACUAAAUCUGCCCUACGGCUAGUGGAUGAUGGCGAUAAAGUCCAUUCCAGCCAGGGAGAAAAAGGGGAGGCAGUUCAGAUCUCAAAUGGUUAUUCAGGGGUUCAGAGCCCUGUUCCCUGCAAUGGAAUGGGAGAGGUGGAAGAUGCCCAGCGCACUGCCCUGGCAGCCACAACCACCACUACAACCACCACUUCUACCACCUGCGGAGCAGAAGGCCAGCAGCAGCUGAUGGAGCUAGAAGACAGAGAGACCUGGAGUAAAAAAAUUGACUUUCUGCUCUCUGUCAUUGGAUAUGCGGUGGAUCUGGGAAAUGUGUGGAGAUUUCCUUAUAUAUGCUAUCAAAAUGGAGGAGGAGCAUUCCUCAUUCCUUACACAAUUAUGGCCAUCUUUGGAGGGAUUCCUCUCUUCUAUAUGGAACUAGCACUAGGACAGUACCACAGGAAUGGGUGUAUUUCAAUUUGGAGAAAAAUAUGUCCUAUAUUCAAAGGAAUUGGCUUUGCCAUCUGUAUAAUAGAUCUUUACGUAGCCUCCUACUACAACACCAUUAUGGCUUGGGCCUUUUACUACCUCGUAUCCUCCUUCACGGCGCAGCUACCAUGGACUAGCUGCACAAACGCUUGGAACACAGGCAACUGCACUAACUACUUGAGCAAGGACAAUGUCAGCUGGUCCCUGCACUCCAUCUCUCCCGCAGAAGAAUUUUAUACCCGCCAAGUUCUACAGGUGCACAGGUCCAAUGGGAUGGAUGACCUGGGGGGCAUUAGCUGGCAAUUGACCCUCUGUUUAUUGUUAAUCUUCACCAUUGUGUACUUCAGCAUCUGGAAAGGGGUCAAAACAUCUGGCAAGGUGGUAUGGGUGACUGCCACAUUCCCUUACAUCAUACUCUUUAUCCUGCUAGUGAGAGGGGCAACUUUGCCUGGGGCUUGGAGAGGUGUCCUCUACUACUUGAAACCUGACUGGCAGAAACUCCUGGCCACUGAGGUUUGGGUGGAUGCAGCAGCUCAGAUUUUUUUCUCCCUUGGUCCAGGUUUUGGGGUCCUAUUGGCUUAUGCCAGCUACAACAAAUUCCAUAACAACUGCUACCAAGAUGCUCUGGUUACCAGUACCGUGAACUGCGUGACUAGUUUUGUGUCUGGAUUCGUCAUUUUCACUGUGCUGGGAUACAUGGCUGAGAUGAGGAACGAAGAUGUAUCAGAGGUUGCCAAAGAUACUGGACCCAGCCUUCUCUUCAUUACGUAUGCUGAGGCCAUUGCAAACAUGCCUGCUUCCACUUUCUUUGCCAUCAUCUUUUUCCUGAUGUUACUCACGCUGGGAUUAGACAGCACGUUUGCAGGACUAGAGGGAGUGAUUACUGGUGUACUGGAUGAAUUCCCCCAUGUCUGGAGCAAACGCAGGGAAUUGUUUGUCCUUGGUCUGACCAUCAUUUGCUUUUUGGGGUCAUUAGCAACCCUGACGUUCGGGGGUGCGUAUGUGGUAAAGCUGUUUGAGGAAUACGCCACUGGUCCGGCUGUCCUAACAGUCGUGUUUCUGGAAGCAAUUGCUGUGGCCUGGUUCUACGGCAUCACCCAGUUUUGCAACGAUGUGAAAGAAAUGCUAGGCUUUACCCCAGGCUGGUACUGGAGAGUUUGCUGGGUAGCAAUUAGUCCCAUCUUCCUUCUGUUCGUCACUUGCAGCUUUCUGUCCAAUCCUCCUGAGCUACGGCUUUUUGAUUAUAAUUAUCCCUACUGGACCACAGUAGUGGGUUAUUGCAUAGGAACCUCUUCUGUCAUCUGCAUUCCAAUCUACAUGGUUUAUCGGUUGAUCAUCACUCCAGGAACACUUAAGGAGCGUAUUCUGAAAAGCAUUACUCCAGAAACAGCUACAGAAAUUCCUUUUGGAGACAUCCGUAUGAAUGCAGUAUAAGCGAACCUGUUUUCUGGGGGGAGAGAGGGGGAGCAUAAAAUGCAACUUUCCCCAUACUCUCCCCCCCCCAAAGAACUACAUUUCCAGCUGAGACAACAAACGGAGGAGUUCUCUGUGGAGGUUGCAUCACUGACAACAGGCAUUUGG